AUGAAGACGAUGCGUCAGAAAACUCCGCUGAAGAUAGCACCGAGGUCGGUCAUCAAAAGCCGUGGAAAUUCUGGCAACAGUUUGGUAAAAGAUCCUGUACAAGUUUACUGCCGGAUUCGUCCGCCGCCUUGCGAAUCCGAUCUUAUCUGUUUACGCGUCACCGAUGCUCAUACAGUCGUUUUGACGCCUCCGGAAAUAGCAAUUAACUACAAGGUGGCUAAUCUGAAGGAAACGCAGUACAUUUUUAAGCGCGUUUUCGACGACACUGUCCGUCAGCAUGCGGUGUACACGUCGGUCGCUCAACCGUUGGUAGAGUCGUUAAUUCGUGGCCGAAACGGGUUGCUGUUCACAUACGGCGUAACCGGGAGCGGCAAAACGUACACCAUGACCGGAGAUCUACAACAUCGUGGAAUCAUGCCGCGUUGCUUGGAUGCAUUAUUUCGCACUAUUGCUGAUUAUCAAGCGAAGAAGUACACAUUUAAAUCGGAUCGACUGAAUGGCUUCGAUAUUCUUACUGAGGCAGAGGUAUUGCUCGAACGGCAAACAGAAUUGAACGCGAAACUGACCAAAUCAUCAAGAAAGAAGGAUUUGGACCAAGAGGUGGCAUCACAGGCUUCGGUGGAACCAUCGGAAAUAAGCGGUAUCGAGGAGGAUAACAUCUACGCCGUAUUCAUAAACUAUGUGGAGGUGUAUAACAACUGUGUGUACGAUUUGCUGGAAGAAACCACUAUACAGAAAACGCUGCAAAGCAAAAUGGUCCGAGAAGACGCGCAUCAUAAUAUGUUUGUCCAUGGUGUAACGGAGGUAGAAGUGAAAUCGGUUGAAGAGGCACUGGAACUGUUCCAGAUUGGGCAAAAACGGAAGCGCAUGGGACACACGAUCCUUAAUGCGGAAUCGAGCCGUUCUCAUUCCGUUUUCACGAUUCGACUAGUUCAAGCCCCAAUCGACGUGCAGGGAGAGCACGUCGUGCAGGACCGUAACGCUAUCACCGUUAGUCAGCUUUCGUUGGUAGAUUUGGCGGGAAGUGAGCGAACAAAUCGAACCGGCAAUACGGGGCAACGGUUGCGCGAAGCGGGCAACAUCAACAAUAGUUUGAUGACGCUGCGAACUUGUUUGGAAAUUUUGCGCGAAAAUCAGCAGACUUCCGGUGGCAAGAAGGUACCUUACCGAGAUUCAAAAAUUACCCAUCUAUUCAAAAACUAUUUUGAUGGAGAGGGUCAGGUGCGCAUGAUUGUAUGCGUAAAUCCACGUGCAGAGGAUUACGACGAAACGGCGCAAGUUAUGAAGUUUGCCGAAAUGACUCAGGACGUACAAAUAGCGCGACCCACACCGAUUAAAAUUGACAUGGGUCUUACGCCGGGCCGUCGUAAAGCUAACCAGCUGGUCAAGUUAGCUCUUGCGGACAUGGCCGAAAGACACCAGCAACAUACACCAUACGCCGCCGACUCCAAUGUCGAUCGAAUGGAAUUCGAUCUUGGACUGGUGUACAGUUUAGAACCGUUCCUGUGUGAGAUGAAACUGGGCACACCGGAGAGCAACGAGCUCGUACGAAAGCUGUCCGAGGUGUUGGAAUUACGGAUUCAAAAGCGUAAACUGUUGGGCGAAGAUUUUAACGCUCGGCAAAACCGUUUCCGCAUGAAUUUGCAUAAACUGGAAAGCGAGAAUGUGUCGUUGCGCACCGAAAACGUUUCGUUUAAGGGUGUCCUUGCCCAGGGCAAGCAGAAAAUUACCGCACUAGAGAACAAGAUUGUGAUUUACGAGAGUUCGAUCGAUGAUUUGAAUCGCCGCAACCGUGUGUUGGAAGAACGAGUACGAGAGCUGCAGACGCAACUGAACCAGAAAACUCAGCUUGUCAGCCAGAAGGAACAGGAAAAGGAACGUCAGCGAAAGAAGUUCACCUCCAAAAUAGCAGUCGAAUCGGAAAAGAUGAACCGUGAACUGGAGAUAAAGCUGAUGGAGCAAAAGAAUAAACUGAAGGACGAAAUGCGUGACAAAGAGGAGCGGCUUCGAAUGGUUUCGGAGAUCAUUCAAGGAACACCGAUAGCGCGACCUCGUUCAAGUAGUGUAGACAAAGAUUUCCAGAAGCUAGAACUAACCCCCAAUGUAAAGUCACUCGUUUCUGCUUAUGUCACACCGCGAGUUUCCCGCCCCGGUACAGCAGUCGCAAAUAGUAGACAUCGUCGGUCUCGCUCAACUGGUGAACGCUGGCUGGAACAUCGUGCUGCCAAUCCCGUUCCUUUGGGAACCAUCCUGCAGCCGUACUAUAGCAACUCAAAAUCUGUUACCAAACUCACCGAUAAGGACAUCCUCGCGCAGAAGACUAACAAAUAUUGCUUGAUUUCGCAAGACGCCGACACUGAGGGUGAACUGGAAACAAAACUGUACAAGGGUGACGUUAUCCCGACCAGUGGCGGAGGAGCGCAGGUGGUCUUCAACGAUGUGGAGUUUCUGAAACAAUUCUCCCCCACGAAAACUCCCCCAAAUCGGAAACGCUCGAACAACUUCGUCACUCCUAGUGCUCCGCCUUUGAGCGAGAUACAGAACACCAAUUCAAAGUGCAGCACAGCUAUAGAGGGACAUGCGGAAGGGCAAAACAAGCGCUCAAGGCACUGA